AGAGAGAGAGAGAGGGGAGAGAGAGAUAUAAACCCAAAAACACAGAGUGAAACAGAAACAAAGAAAAAGAAAAAAAAGCCACCAUUUAAGACCAGCUUGCAUACGCGUGCUUCACAAGCCAUUUUCUCUCAGAUCUUAGUCUCUCAUUCACACACUCAUACUGUGAAUUUCCACCUUCUCACGUCAUUCUCAGAUCUGAAAAUCACCUCCUUACUGCUGUUGUUACUACCUCUGCCUCCACACACAUUGCACAACCACUCUGCUAACAUAAUCUACAAGAGCUUUCAGUUUUUUUACGUAUUUAUCCGGAUCCCAGAUCUGUUGAACGUCUCGGAAUGAGUUGAAAUCGGCUUUGGAUGAGUGGACGCAUUGAUAUUAUAUAUAAUUUUAUGUAUGUUUUGCGGGGACUCUGAGAAUUGUUGGUAGUGUGUGUGUAUAUAUAGAGAGAGAGGGGGAAGGAGAUCUUCGUGUUGUUAUUGUAAGGUGUUGGUGAUAUAUAUUGUGGUAUGGCAAUGCAAUCAGCGGCUGUGGUGGUGCCGGAGAAAAUCCCAGUGCAGUGGUACAACCACCAGCACCAGCAACAGCAGCCGCAUCAUCAGAUGGAUGAGAGGGAAGGGUUUUUGAUGUGGUUGAGAGGUGAAUUUGCGGCUGCGAACGCGAUAAUCGACGCCCUCUGCCACCACUUGCGAACAGUGGGGGACCCCGGGGAGUAUGAUGGUGUGAUAGGGUCCAUACAGCAGAGGAGGUGUAAUUGGAACCCAAUUUUGCAUAUGCAGCAGUAUUUCUCGGUGGCUGAGGUGCUUUAUGCGCUGCAGCAGGUGGGUUGGAGGCGGCAGCAGAGGACUGUGGCAUUUGAGGGGAGUGUGAGGAUGGGGGGAGGUGGGAAGGAGUUUAGGAGAGGAGGUAGGGGACAAAGAGGAAGUGUUGAGGUGCACAAUUUGGGAGGGGAGGUGAACGGGAAGGAUCUGAACAAUGGGUAUGCGAAAAGCAAUUUAAAUGUGAACGACAAAUUGGAUGGAGGGGAGAAAGCAAAAGUGGAGGAGAAAGAGGAGAAGAAAGUAACAGAACUUAAUGAAAAAUCUGAAGCGGAUAGCUUGGUAACGAGGCAGGGUAGUACGCAAGGAGCCGUUCAUCACGCCGAUGAGGUUGAAGGGUCUUGCGGUGUUGAUGCAUCUGCAUCAGCACUAGAAGAGAAACGGAAUCUUGAUGUUUCUCCAAAAACUUUUGUUGCUAAUGAGAUAUGCGAUGGAAAAUCAGUUAACAUAGUUGAAGGAAUGAAGCUUUAUGAAGAUCAAGUUAAUGAUUCAGAAAUAUCAAAGCUUAUUGCUUUGGUGAAUGAUUUGAGAGCUGCUGGGAGGAGAGGGCAGUUGCAAGGUCAUAGCUUUGUCAUCUCGAAGAGACCCAUGAAGGGACAUGGAAGAGAGAUGAUUCAAUUGGGUGUUCCCAUUGCAGAUGCGCCUCCUGAAGAUGAAGCUGCUUCAGGGGCCUCAAGAAAAGAUCUAAAAACAGAGCCAAUUCCUGCUUCACUGCAAGAUGUUAUUGAACAGUUGCUUGCUGAACAAGUUGUCAGCACCAAGCCAGACUCGUGCAUUAUUGAUAUCUUUAAUGAGGGUGACCACUCACAGCCUCAUAUCUGGCCGCAGUGGUUUGGAAGACCUGUCUGUGUUCUGUUCUUAACAGAGUGUGAGAUGUCUUUUGGUAGGGUAAUAGCAGUCGAUCAUCCUGGGGACUAUCGAGGUGCUCUGAGACUCUCCCUUACACCCGGAUCUAUGCUUGUAAUGCAAGGGAGAUCCGCAGAUUUUACCAGACAUGCAAUACCUUCCCUCCGCAAGCAGCGUAUACUUGUUACAUUGGUAAAAUCACAACCUAAGAAAAUCAACGCUGCUGAUGUCCAUCGCUUCCCCUCUGCUUCAGCGCCCUCUUCCAAUUGGGCCCCACCUCCCAGCAGGUCCCCAAGUCAUAUUCGCCCUGUGGCUGCAAAGCAUUUUGGCGCUGUUCCACCAACUGGUGUAUUGCCUGCCCCAACUGCUCGCCAACAGCUUCCCCCACCAAACAGUAUCCAACCAAUAUUUGUUCCUGCCCCUGUAGCAACCGGCAUAGUGUUUCCUGCACCAGUUGCUCUACCGCCUGCUUCUGCCGGAUGCGUCACAGCCCCACCAAGGCAUACCCCAGUCCGUUUGCCAGUCCCUGGCACAGGAGUUUUCCUUCCAUCACAAAAUUCCAAUAAUUCUUCAAGUCAGCCCGCACCAACCAUGGCAUCUGAAAAUGCUAUCAUAGAGACACCAGCAGUGUCAGAGCACCAUGGUGCAGGGAAAUCAAACGGUAUUGAAGAAGCCGACGUUCAAGUUCCGAAGCAAGAGUGCAACGGGAGUACAGAUCAAACAAGUGGAGGGGCUGCAAUUACAAAGGAAGAAGAUCACGAUACCCAUGAUCCGGCAAAAGCAGCUGAAGUUUCAAAGGUUUAGGUAAAAGAGAAAUAGCGCGGGAAGUUUCAAAGGUUUAUUCUUUCGAGAUGAAGGCAAUGAGUCGAAGGCAAAUGUAAAGAGCGGCAAAUAUCAACAAGAUCUCAACGUAUAUCCGCAGGAUGAAGGGAGACGAUUAAACUUUUCUCUCUAAACUCGUUUUACGUCCUGCUACUUUUUGUUGCUUAUGAUCUUGUAUACUUACACAUUAGGUGAAGUUUUUUUCCCCAAGACUGAAUUGAGCUGUAGUUUCUGUCUCAUUACAUUUUCAGCUAUUUAGUAAUGAGGACAACUUUUCAGCCUUCUGUUCUUAGCUGCCUUUCUUUUCUUCUCCACACACUUGGGGGGUUUUGGCAUCUUAGGUAUGGACAUAUUCUUGAAUUUCUGCAGGUAAUCUAAACUCUAACUUGGAUUGGA